AUGGUUCUUCAGCCAGCCACAAUGCAGAACCAAUUUUGCAGUCGUGCAGCAACAGUGUCAACAUCCGGUGUGUCUCUGUUGCCGCCACCUCCACCAGUACCGCAGCCGCAACAGCAGCGCCAGCCGAACAACACAACUGCAGGAUUCAGUCAACCCAUUCUCCAAACCGGAUACAUCUCCGUUCCUCGAGGAGAAGAGACGACUUCACUUUUCCACGCACCCACAAAUGGCAUCUGUGCCAACAGCCAGUUUGCCACGGCUGAGGACGCAAAUGCCAAUACUAACGCCACCACGGCUGCUAAUUCGGGAUUCAUAGAACUCGUUCCCGCCAAUGGAGUGGAUGGAUCUGGACCUAUUUUGUCUACGGGUGAUCUGUCCAAAUGGAUUCGGAGUGGAACGAGCACCGCCAAAGUAAUUGGGGGAAGAGUAAGCACAGGUCAACAGAUAUUUCACCAGCAGGCCUGUCUGGAUUCGGCUAAUUCCGCUAUCAUUCGACUUCCACAAGCUGCCAGUAGGGCACCAGCCAGUCAACAACAACAACAUCAACAACAACAACUUUUAUUUCUCACGGCUUCAAACGGUGCUACCACGGCGGCUGCAACGAAUCCACAUACUUCCUUUAGUAAUGUUGCCACAAUAGUUCAACAAACUACAGGUCUUGACCACAAUCGAGGUGUAUGGACGGCUAAUUCGACCACAACUGGAACUACAGUGACAGCUUUACCCAAUCCGACUUCAAAUUCUUAG